AUGUCACCAGCAACCAAUGAACUGGAAGAAUUCCGUCGUCAAUGGCGACAAGAAGUUGAGAGCCGUAAACACCACCAACAACAAAAACAACCGACACCGGUAGAGUCGCCGCCGCCAACCACUGAUAACCUGUCAAUCAAGAAGCCAACGUCGCCGCCAUUGAUCAAUGGACACAAUGCAGCCACACUGCAACAGCAAAUGAGCUCCCUGUCAAUGGAAGAGAAUGAAGAGCAACAACAAGUUGAAGAACCCGUAAAAGAGGAGCCAAAAGCAGUGUCAGCUAUGGAUCAUUACAUUUUUGCUGUCAACAGUGAGCGACAAGGCAGGCUUGGUGAAGCAUUGGCAUCCUAUCGACGUGCUUUCAAGAUGGAUCCCGAUAUCGAUUAUGCUUACAAACGCCAUUAUCAGACGCAUAUUGCACCUACAUUCAACCAUGACCAGCAACAACAACAACAACAACAGCAGCAGCAGCAGCAGCAGCCAACUUCACCCACAAACCAGUUCCAGAAUCGCAAAGAUGAUGACUUUUUGCAUCUUGUCCCUAUUGGGCGUGAGUGGCAAGCACCCUCGGCUGAUCGAAAGGAUCCAUUGGAAGAGCUUAUCGAUGAAAUCACAGCCAGUCAACCUAUUGAAUAUAUCCCCUUUGUCGAUUACAAACCCGUUCACGUUGCCAAUGUACCAGCCGAAAUUAUGCUUCAUGUGCUGCGACACCUCAUUUUACGCUCCGUCUCGUCGGUGGCGAAUUUUGCAUUGGUGUGCAAGAACUUUUUCUUAAUGACAAGGUCACCUUCCUUGUGGCGAUAUGCGUGUGAACACGCCUUCAAAUCACCUUACAUGACGGUUGCCAAUGCUCGCAAGUUCCAAGCGGAUUAUGUAAAGAUCUAUGGUGGCCAUUGGAUGCGUAUGUUUAUUGAACGACCCAGGUUACGAUAUGAUGGUAUCUACAUUUCUACAUGCAAUUACGUCCGACCUGGAUCCAAUGAAAACACGUAUAAUCAACCCGUGCAUUUGGUAACCUAUUACCGGUACUUGCGGUUCUUCCCCGAUGGCACGAUCAUUAAAUACUUAUCGACGGAUGAGCCAGCCCAAGUGGUUCGCUUGUUGACUCCCGAAUUCAGCCGGAAGCAAGUAUUCCGUGGACAUUUUGAGCAAUCGGAUGGCACAGUGUAUAUCGAAAUGAAGGAUUGGCUACGACCACGAGAAGAUUUUCGUAUGACACUAGAGAUCAAAAGUACGCAUCGGGGUCGACACAACAAGCUCGUGUGGUUGGAUUAUUCAAGUUUCCCAGAUGGAAGAGAAGAGGAGGAAAGUUCAUAUGAUCUCAAAAUGAUGAAGCCAUACUUUUUCAGCCCGGUACGCAGCUACUAUGUCGAUCCACCCUCUACACCACUCCAUGAUCUUGUUGGCCCACUCACAAGGAGACGGGGUGCUGGCAGAGUAUUGAAAAAUUAG